GAGAGACAGACAGAUGAGGAAUUAACUUCUGCUGCUGUUGCUCCUCUAAUUAAAAGAGGUGUUUCAAAUUAAAACGUUUAGAAAACAAAGAGGAGAAGGAGAAGAGAUAAAGACCUAGAGAGGAAGAAGAAGAAGAAGAAGAAGAAAAAGAAAGGAAAGCCAAGAAGAAGAAAAUAGAAACGGGAGCUUAAAAUUGCAAGUGGAAGGGGAAAAAAAGAGAGGAAGUGGAACCAAAACAGAAAAAGGGAGGGAUGAAGAGGGACUGAAGUCAUGUGGGGAGGAGGAGGAGUAACGUCAAGUGCAGGAGAGAAGAAGGAGUAGAGAGAGAACGCAGCAACAUUAGAAAAAAGGAGAAGAAGAAGGAGAAAGAUUCAGAGAAGAAGAUUUCAUUUUAAAGAGCCUGAUUAUUUGGAGUAGCUGCUGGAUGGAGCGACACCUCCUCCUCCUCCUCCUCCUCCACCUCCAGCUGUGCACUUAGAAGACCGACCUCUACGACCAGACAUGCAUUUCUACUACGUGGGGGACCACACGUGGGCGACCAUGUUGGGGCAGAGUGUGCGGUUGCAGCCGGUGCCCAUCCAGAGUCUGUCGGAGCUGGAGCGAGCCAGGUUACAGGAAGUCGCCUUGUACCACCUGGAGGAGAGGGACCUGGACCUCAAGAUCAGCAUCCCGAGAGAAAUACACAAACGGAGAAAAUCUCUACGCAGGAAGUUUGACUCCUUUUCAAAGGAAAAGAAAGAGCGAGAAUCGGACCCCAAGGCAUUCGGCAUCCCGCUCUCCCAGGUCAUCGCCAACGACCGGGCCUACAAGCUGCGACAGGACGCCCUGAAGGAGAGCAGGCGAGACUGUCUGGACCUGGAGGCCAGCAUCCUGCGCUUCAGGGCCGAGAAGAGGCAGUUCUUCAACGGGAACAAGCCGCUGGUCAGCUCCUCCUCGAUCACAGGAGGAGGUCCCGGAUCGCCGUCCGCUAACUCGGUGGCGCCAGCGCCCAUUUGUGAGACCCAGAACAAACCGCUGUCGCCCACGUUUCUGGAUAACACCGGCCGAGGACAGAGGAGGGGUGGUCUGUCAGUGGACUCCAUCUCCGACCUUGUAGAGAGUCAGUCUCGCCUGCUGGAGGCGCUGCAGCUCUCCCAUCCGGCCGAGCUGGAGCUGAUGAAGUCGCCGGGCGGCAGCAGCAGCGGCUCGUCGGAGGGGAGGACCCAGACCAAGCUCAGCCUCAACCCCAUCUACAGACAGGUGCCCCGGGUGCUGGAGAGGUGCUGCAGUCACAUUGAGACCCACGGUCUUCAGACUGUGGGGAUUUUCCGAGUUGGUAGCUCUAAGAAGAGAGUGAGACAGCUGCUGGAGGAGUUUGACAGGGGGGUGGACGUCCAGCUGGACGAGGAGCACAGCGUCCAUGACGUGGCGGCGCUGCUCAAAGAGUUUCUCAGAGACAUCCCUGAUCCUCUGCUGCCCAGAGAGCUCUACCCCGCCUUCCUGCACGCCAACCUGCUGAGGGGAGCAGACCAGCUCCAGUACCUGCAGCACCUCCUCAACCUGCUGCCUCCCUGUAACUGUGACACCCUGCUGCGUCUCCUCAGCCUGCUACACACCGUGCAGAGCUUCGCCCAGGACAGCAUACGAACUAAUGACGAGGAGAUCCCCGGUAACAAGAUGACGGCGGCGAACCUGGCAGUGAUCUUUGGGCCCAACCUGCUGCAGAGGGAGCGAGGAGGAGACGUGUGUCCUCACGCGAUGGGGAUCGAGGACAGCACGGCGAUCAUCAACGUGACCCUGGUGCUCAUACAGAACUACCGGAGGCUCUUCACUGUGUCUGCAGAGCUGCAGCAGGAGGUCCUGAUGAGUCUGAUCCAGACGGACCCGGACAUCAUCGACUACCUGCUGCGUCGGAAACUCAGCGGCAGUCACCUCACGAUGGAGAACAGCAGCGAGUCGGGGGGUCGUCGGGACACAGGGGCGUCUCUGGACUCCAUCGGAGCCUCCAGCGGGAGUUUGUCCCCGCUGGAGCCGCCAUCACCGCUUUUCCCGCCCGACGGCAAUGGCGGCGAGGGCAGCCUGACCAGCGAGGUCUUCCUCAACGUUCUCAAGCUGAACCAGAACAGGAAGCGCCAGGAAACGAGAUACGGUGAGGCCCCUUCAGGUAAAUCCAUCCGCCACAUGCGUCAGUUCCACUCCCACCACAACCUGCUCAGCCUGGCCCAGCCCUCCUCGUCCUCCACCUCCAGACACCACAGUCAGGACCACGACACCCAGGAACGCCGGGGCCCGCUGGGCUCCGCGCUGAGCUUCACCCUGGGGGUCGGUGGCGGCGUCGGCAGCGGCAGCUGCUCCAGUCUGAGCGGGUCGACGGAGAGCAGCAUCUGGGUGAGACAGACGCCGCAGGAGGAGAGCAAACCGUCACCGGCCUCCAACUUCUGGGACUUCUUCACCGGGAAAGGUUCCAGCUCGGAGACGAUGGUAUGAUGAAGAAGAGGAGGAAUGUGAAGGAAAGGAGUGUUUUUACUGUCAGAGGUCAGAAUCUCCUGUCACAUUUACAACAGACAACUGUUGAGUUAAAAAAUCCUGAAUGCUAAAUUUGACUUUGAAGGAGCAUGCUGAUGCAGAUUUUCCUCACUGGAAGAUGGAAUUUCCCACUUUUCUGUCAUCUCUGAACGCAGCAUGUGUAGUUGGGAUACAGAAGAAGAAGGAGAAGGAAAUAUCAGAUAAAUACACACAAAAUAUCUUUUUGAAGACAUUUUGGAUUUGUGUCUCUGACCGAGAAGAAACGAAGGAAAAGAGACUCUGUUCAUGAGAUUAUAUAAAAGUGGAUGCAGUAAUAAUUGCGUACAUAAUGUGUACACGAUGUAUUCAUAAUUUUACACACACGACCCUCGUCUUUACUGCGUACAGUAGAACUGCGUGUAGCUGCAUGGACUCUACUAACUCUUCUUUAUCUCUACUGAUACCAGACUCCCUUUGGUUUCUGUUGUUUUCCUGUAACCUGCGAUACGCUACGUUCACUGUAAAUACAAUCUACUCUACAGCUAUCUGCUAAUAUUCAGCUGGACCAGGGGUCAGCAACCUUUACUAUCAAAAGAGACAUUUUAGGCAAAAAAAAAAUCUGUCUGGAGCCACAAAACAUCUGAUCAUUGUGAUGAAGGUAACACAGUUUAUAGUCUAAGUAUA